UUUUAUAUACCUACUGUCAGAUCACUGCGUCAAAUCAAAACAACAGCUUCGUUUACGUUCGAAACCUAAAACUUUCUCAGUAAAUUUAAACAAAUUAUUUAUUACUUUUGCAAACAGUAUUCCCCUCAAACCGCGUCGCGAUGGUUUGCGAAAAGUGCGAAAAGAAGCUCGGCAAAGUCAUAACGCCCGAUCCGUGGAAAUCGGGCGCCAGAAACACCACCGAAGGUGGCGGCCGGAAGAUCAACGAAAACAAAGCCCUAACAGGAGCCAAAAUGCGAUUCAACCCGAUGGCCGGAAACUUCGCACCUUGCCGAAUUUGUAAACAGAAAAUUCAUCAAGCGGGAUCGCACUAUUGCCAGCAGUGUGCUUACAAGAAAGGCAUUUGCGCCAUGUGCGGUAAAAAGCUUUUGGACGUGAAAAACUAUCGCCAAUCGUCGGCAUGAUGGAAUCGUCAGGAGUUCGAAAUCGUUUUAGGAGUAAUGUUAAGGCUGUUAGAAUAAUUUAAUAUAAGUGUCUAAUAAAUCUUUUGGUCUUGUACUUUUUAACAAUAAAGUUAAUGCAAAUGCCUUAGGAAUCACUAAUUGUAGCUUCGGUUGGUUCGCUUGGCUCUAUUAUUUCA